AAAAUCCACAAGAGGAAUUGGAUUGCCACUGUUGCUCUCAUUUAUGUGAUCCAAGCGGGCAACAGCAUGAAAGAUGAAGAAUAUCAAGGCAGGAAACGAUCCUCUCGGCAAGAUAAUGACUCCAGCCAGAAGAAACGACGAAAGACGACCAGCUCAGAUUUCUUGAAUGGCAUGACUGUGGCCAUUUCAACGUUGGCAAAUCAUGAGGACGAUGAUGAUGAUGCAACAACAAACAAGAACAAGAAAUCGUGCGACUUGUAUUCCUAUCGCCAAGUCUCGGAUUCCUGUCGUGACGCAGGAGCCAGAGUCUCUGGUCAAGUGCACAAAAAGGUGGAAUGUCUCCUUUGUACACCCGCUGCCGUCUCACAGGCCACACAACGCGUUCGUAAGGCUGUCAAGAACAAGGUGCCUCUCGUCCAUGUUGCCUGGCUCUAUCAAUGCAUCGACCAACGGAAGAAGCUCUCGUUUGACAAGCAUCGUCUAGUGAUGUCAGAACCAUCCAAUAAUGAUGACAAGAAGAAGCCCAAGGACAGCACAUCAUGUGCCCAAGACGAAUCCACGACAAUUAACCCAAUUCAUCCACCUAGUGAGGACGCACAAGAAGAGCCAAUUCCAGAUGCAGGUUGGUCCGAACCCGUUGAUGUGGGUUGCUGCUGUGUCUGUCAUGAAACAGGGACAGCAGAUACUUGUGAAUGGUGUACAGAGUGUCCACAGGCUACCACUGCAGAGGAACAGAAGGAUGAACCAAAUAUUCCCCACAGUGGUUGGUCCGACCCUGUCGAUGUCGGAUGUUGCUGUGUCUGUCAUGAAACCGACACAACGGAUACUUGUGAAUGGUGUGAGGACUGUCCACAGGCUACCACCACCACCACUACUACAAAGGGAAACCAACAGAAGGAUAAACAAAAUAUUCCCGACAGUGGGUGGUCUGACCCUGUUGAUGUUGGAUGUUGCUGUGUCUGUCAUGAAACAGGGACAGCAGGUACUUGUGAAUGGUGUAAGGACUGUCCACAGGCUACCACUGCAAAAGGCAGUGGUAGUAGCCAACAGAAGGAGGAACCAAAUAUUCCCAACAGUGGGUGGUCUGACCCUGUUGAUGUUGGAUGUUGCUGCGUAUGUCACGAAGCAGGAACAGCAGAUACUUGUGAAUGGUGUAAGGACUGUCCACAGGCUACCACUGCAAAGGGCAGUGGUAGUAGCCAACAGAAAGAGGAACCAAAUAUUCGCCACAGUGGUUGGUCCGACCCUGUUGAUGUUGGAUGUUGUUGUGUCUGUCAUGAAACAGGGACAACAGAUACUUGUCAAUGGUGUACAGACUGCAAAACAUCAUGA